AACAGGCCUCAUUAUUCUCUCUCUCAACCACACAAAGAGAAGUUCACACUUUUUGAGCCGAGAGAGAAAAAUUAGAAAGAAAAAUACCAAAAACCAUUUUAUCCAAAAACACACAAAAUCUCAUCAUCAUAUCAUGAAAACCAUCGAUUUCUUCUGCGCCUCCCAAGCCUCCACCGCCGUCGACCAACCUUCAUCUUCCCCCGCCGCUGCCGCCUCCGGAAGAGCCAUCGACCGCCACAACCCCAUCAUCGCCGACGGCAGAAGAUCAAACUUCACUUCUAGAACUACUUUCCCCAACCCUCCGUGUUCCUCCCAAUACUCCCCCAUAAAUCCUCUCCCUUACCACCAACUCCACGCCGCCGCCGCCUCCCCAAAUGUCGCCGCCGACCAGAUCCGCUCCGGCGCCUCUGCAACUCAUAAGGGUUUGAAGAUGAAGAAGAAGAAAAAAAAUUCAUCUAUUAUUACAACCGACUUUGUAAGGUGGAGUUGUGCGAAGCCCAGUGAUUUGGCCACGCCUCCUGGGUCGAUGCGAUACCUUUUGAACGACAAGUCGGUUCGUGAUGGUUCGAUGGAUCGUCUUUCCACAUCCAUUCAACUUAACAAAAAGGUUAAUUCACCAAAUGAAAUUCCACAACUAUCUAAACCAACGGCCGAGAUUUCUUUGGAGGACGACUGCAAAAAAUCUCCACCUUCCAAUCAGGUGAUCUCUCACUCUCAAGUUGUGGUUUUGAGGGUAUCAUUGCAUUGCAGAGGCUGUGAAGGAAAACUGAGGAAACAUCUUUCCAAAAUGGAAGGAGUGAACUCAUUCAAUAUUGAUUUUGCAGCCAAAAAGGUGACAAUAAUGGGAAAUAUAACACCAGAGGGUAUGUUGGAAAGUGUAUCAAAGGUCAAAAAUGCCCAAUUUUGGCCAUAUGCAGACCCAACACCAACACCAAACCCUAAUCCUAUUCAUCAACAAAAUGUAUUGAAGAAAGCCUGAACAAUUUCAUCUCCUACUUUCUUUUUUUUCCUUCUAAAUAAUUGAGCUUAUGUUUAUUGUUUAAUAAUGUAAUUGCUAGAAAUGCUUCGACACUCCCAGUUAUAAGUUGAAAAAAUUAAAGCUCCGUUUGAUAACUA